UGUCUGAGCAGCAGAUAAACAGAUUAUUCCCGAAACGGUGCCUACUUUUUUAACCUCGUCACUCUUGCCACACCAACAGCUCCCACCGUCCCACGAUUCCCCCCGGGAGAAGAGGAGCGCCUGCCUCCUCUGUCCGAUGCACAUCCUGAAGACUUCGUUAGGAGUGUUUCAGCUGGAGCGCCGGGCCCUAAAUGAUCCGCCGUCUCCAUGACAACUCGCCCUACGAACACGACUGCGCCCAUGAGCUCCACCUGAGCUAGAGGACUCCCCUUCGCCCUGCUGGAUUUACUUUUUUUAUAUAUUUUUGGGAACUUUCCUUCCAUGAUGCUGUGGGAAUUUGGACUUGUGCUGCUGUUCGUCCUCACUCCGCAAGCCGCUAAAAUUAAAGGGGCCGGCGCCAGGCUGGACUCGGGGGCCGUUGGCCCCGUGCGUUUGGCGGAGCUGCUGAAGACGCCCCACACACAAACCGAAGGUUCUGGGUUUGAAGUGGAAAGACGGCGACCCAAGAGGUCUGUGUUUUUACACUCCGGAGUGAGAAUCUGCCCCCAAGAGACCAUCAACGAAGUGCUCGCCAGCCACCAGGCGUAUUACCAGCUCAGAGUUUGUCAGGAGGCCGUGUGGGAGGCGUUCAGGAUCUUCUUCGACAGGAUCCCCGGGACGGCGGAGUACCAGAGAUGGGUUCACACGUGUCAACACGAGUCACUCUGCAUCUCCGACCUCACCAAAAACUUCAGCAGCUCCGAGGAGCACAUGGGCAUGAUUCACAGGAAGGUGAACCGGAUGAGAGACCGGAGGCCUCCAUCACGAGGAGUGGUGACUCCUGCACUGGCACCGAAGAUCCCUGAGAAAGCAGGUGCAGAGGUUGACAUUGUCGCUCCGCCAGCCGCCCCAGCAAUUCUCAGCCCUGUGAGUGUCUCUCCAAGCCCAAUCGAGGAGGACUCGGAGCUUCCCAACGUGGUCCCAGAGAGUCCUGUGGAGCAGAUGGUGGAGUUCAGCAUCGACCUGGUGGAUCCGGGUUACAGAGAGCUGCUGGACGAUCCAGACUCCCCUCAGUACAUCGACCUGGCUCACCACCUGCAGGACCAGAUGCAGCAUGUUUUUGACAAACUUCCGGGAUUUAAAGCCAUCCAUGUGCUGGGUAUCAGCGAGACGCAGGACACUGACGGGCCCGGAGGAAUCUCGGUGCACUACUCUCUCGUCUUUGAGAUUAAUGCACCUAAAAUAAACGUAGAGAUUUCAGAGACGGCGACCGGCACCCCAGAGACUUCAGUCAGCUCUGGCCUCAGGGAAAUGGUCGCCAAGGCUCUACGGGAGGAGGCCUCGCUGCCGAUCGAUCUGGACUCGCUUAACUUCGAACCAGAAGCAAUCCUCCUGCCAGCACUGACAGCCACCUCUACAGUAGAAGUAGUGAACGAGUCCAGUGAGCCAGAUUCACACAACGAGUUUGAAGUUUCCAUUGACGAGCCAGGAGUUGAUAAACCACGAUUGGAGGUUCCUCUCACGCCCAUGGAGAAGGAAAACGCCCUCGUCACCCUGCUGGAUCCCACGGCCGUCCCGGACGAUGAGAUGACGGCAGCGGGUGAGCCCGAGCCAUUAGGUGAAGACGAGGAGGAAGAAGUGCUGAUCAUUACACAUGAGAUUGAAACCAUUCAUCACGACGAAACUGGGGAACUCGUGAGAGACUACAUCCCGACCCCUCCUGCGGUUCUGGAGCUGGAGACCGACGCUCCCUACAUCAGCCUGUCUCCUAACCUGAUAUCAGAGGAAGACCUGACUCCCAUUGAUGAUGAAAGUAAGAAUCCCAGUUUGGAUGCUGUCACCCCCACCACACAGACAUUAUUAACUACAGCUCCCGCUCGAGAGGAAGUGUCCGAUGCGGGACUCCCAAUCACAACACUUUCAGGCAUCACGGGCCAGACGCCCACCGAGCCAAUAGAAAAUCUUCUAGAAGACGAAGAAGGUAAUGCUCUCCCGGAUGAGGAAGGCCCUGAACCUUAUGACCCCGGCGAGGCUUCGGAAACAGAACAUGUUUCAGAGUUGGAAACUGAAUUGUUAGAGCCAGAGGGAGAGUCAGUGGUGGAACCUGAACAAAUUGAACCAGAGGAAGGGAAUUUAGAGGUGUCAGAACCUGAGACAGAAGUAGCUGAAGAGGGAGAAGAAGUAGUCGAAGUUUCAAAGCCAGAGGGAGAAGUAGUUGAAGAGGAAGAACCAGAGGAAGAAGUAGUCGAAGAGGAAGAAGUAGUUGAAGUUUCGGAGCCAGAGGAAGAAGUAGUCGAAGUUUCAGAGCAAGAGGAAGAAGUAGUCGAAGUUUUGGAGCCAGAGGAAGAAGAAGCUGAAGUUUCAGAGCCAGAGGAAGAAGUAGCUGAAGUUUCAGAGCCAGAGGAAGAGUUGGUGGCAGAAAAUCAAGACGAGGCAGCAGCUCCAGAAGCAGAAGAAGAGUCUGAACUUGGUGGGGAUGUAGAUGAGGAACAAGAAGAAGAGCUGGUUGAGCCAGCCGGAUCAGAAGAAACAAUACCUGAAGUUUCUGAGGAAACAGUAUCGGAAGUUUCUGAGGAAAUUGUACCUGAAGUUUCUGAACAGGAAGGGGAGGUAGCUGAGGAGGAAGUUGUGGAGAUUUCUGAAGUAGAAACAGAAGUUGUCGAAGCUCCAGCGCCAGGUGAAGGUGUGGUUGAAGAGUUGGAACCAGCAUCUCAACCAGAACAGGAAGGGCAUGGAACCGAAGUGACAGAAACAGGACAUGAGGUAGUUGAGACUGCAGAAUCAGAGGAGGAGCCAGAGAAUGCCUCAGAACCAAGUGAAGAACUGGUGGAGGUUGUAGAGAUAUCUCCAGAACCAGAACCAGGGGAAGAGUCAGAAGAAGUAGCAGAUGUACUACAACCAGAUGAGGAUGUAGUCGAGGAUGUGAAACCAGAGCAGGAAGUAGUUCCAGUACCACAGGAAGAGCCUGAGGACAUUUUGGAACCGCAACUUCCCCCAGAGGCCGGAGAAGAGGCAGCUGAUGUUUUUAAGGAAGAACAAGAGGAGGUUGUUGAGAAUCCCAAGGAUGAAACCGACCCAGGGGAAGGCACAGAUCUUGUUUUACCCGGGGUUUCAGAAAUAGAAGAGGAAGGAGUGGGAGGAGUUGAUGUCCCAGAACCAAAUUCAGAGGAGGGCGUAGUUGAGAUUUCAGAACCAGAACCAGAGGGAGAAGUUACUGAGCCGCCAGCUGAAUCAAUUAAAAUCCUUCACCCACUGGACAGCGCGGACGAUCUUCACUUCAGAGAGGAUACUUUUCAGAUUAUUGAAGAUAACGAGUUCCUUCCACCAGUUGGACCGAACAAUCCCCGGCCAAAUGAAGAAGAUAACUUAGCCAUCUUACCAAUAGACAUCCAACCUUCUAAAGAAGAAUAUCCCGUCGUCGAUGACUUUUACACGGAGGAGGGUGGUGACGGCGUAGACACACAAGUGGAGAGUGACACUGGUGCCGCCACACCGACAGAAACAUCAGAGAGCGAUCUACAGUUUGAAACAACCUCUGAUAUCGCAGAGUCGACAGCUGCAGACAACCACGACACAUCAGAGGGUGCCGAAGUCACAGAAGAUGUGCCGGAGGAGACGCAACAAAGUGAUUCAUCCCCAGAAAGAGACAUCAGUGAAACGGCAGCACCGGUUUCAGACUCCUUCCCUACACCUCUGGCAACUUCAAUUGAUGUGUCCGCACCCAGCCCGACUGUAGACUCUGGCAUCUUUGAGGUAGAAGAGCAACCUGUAAUCCCCUCUACACCGGAGUCUUCAGAGGACGAUCAGACGUUGAUUUAGAUUGAGGCUGUGAAGGACUUGGCGGUGGAGCUGGACCAAACGGACGUAGCAGCCACAGAGUCAAACGAGCUGCCGGACGAGGGGAGCGGAUUCCUACCCGUGGGGGAGGAAGGCACCGCUGUCGGCAUCACAGCCCCGCCUCCAGUCAGAUACCUGACCACGCCCUCCAUGACCACGGCCGGCCAGGGCAGGGAGCUGGUGGUGUUCUUCAGCCUGCGCGUCACCAACAUGGACUUCUCUGAGGACCUCUUCAACAAAACAUCUCCAGAGUACAGAUCGCUGGAGAACACCUUCUUAGACGUGCUGAUGCCGUUCCUGCAGGCGAACCUGACGGGCUUCAAGAAACUGGAGAUUCUUAACUUCAGGAAGGGCAGCGUGGUCGUCAACAGCAAGAUGAAGUUCGCCAAGUCGGUGCCGUACAACAUCACCAGCGCCGUGCACUGCGCCCUGGAGGAGUUCUGCAUCACCGCCUACCAGAACCUGCACAUCCAGAUCGACACACACUCUCUGGAUGUUGAACCAGCUGAUCAGGCCGAUCCCUGCAAGUUCCUGGCCUGCGAUGAGUUCUCUCGCUGCGUGGUGAACGGCCGGACGAAGGAGGCUCGGUGUCUGUGCGAGCCGGGCUUCCUGUCGGUGGACGGCCUGCCCUGUCAGAGUCUGUGUGUCCUGCAGCCCGACUACUGCCAAGGAGGCGACUGUCACAUUCUCCCUGGACACGGAGCCGUGUGCAGAUACAAAGACAGCUACUCCCUCCCAGGCCUUGCAAGUUAAGAAAAAGUAUCAGAUUGGACGUCACCUGAGAAUACUACAAAAGGACUCGAUGAAAUAGGAUUUGUCAGCAGGAACUCGGGACUCAUCACAGCCUCAAAGGUUAGAAAUCAAAAGCUGAAGAGCUUUCAGGACAAACUGUUUGCCUCCAAACUCUUCAGAGCGCUGAGCUUUAUCUCAGAGGACGAUCUUCCUUCAGCGUAAACAGACAUUUAGGCCACUUUGGAAACUGCCGGACAGCCGCCGUCACGGUCGUUGACGAGGAUCUCAGGACACGACUCUGCAGCCUCGAUCAUUGAUCGACCCUGGACUGUUUUUGUACACGUCUGCUGACUCUCUUUGUGUUUGUGUAGUAAAUAGGUGGUUCAAAAUACACAGGAUGUGAUGUGACAUGGUGAGAUCAUCUGAAAGCUCUCAAAUAUGGAAAGAAAAAAGGAACCUCGCAUCAGGGAUCUGCUUUUAUUUUUUCAUUUAGGUCUGUAAACACUGUAAAGACUGUCAGAACUGGACGCGCUCAUCCUUUCACAGCUUAAUACAAACAUUCUUUACCCUGUUGUACACCUGACCCUCUUAUAUACUGGGACUGAAGAUGAAGAUAACUGUGGAUGUGUUGCCAGAGUAACAAAUAGUAAAAUGCAGCUGAUUUCAUCGCUAUCAUCAUCAGUAAUUACCAACCCUUGUUUUUUUUUUAGCUUGUGAGCCCUUAAAAAUCAAGCAAUAAUUACUUUGAGCCCACUCAUGGUCACAUGGUUAUGGUUUUGAGUACCAAAAAGUGAAUUUUUCUUCCUCAAAUUGUUUUUUUUGAAGGAUUUUUAAAGGCCUAACAAGGUGAAAUAAUCCAGUAUUUCUAAAGGAAAAAGCUAAAAAACUAGAAAAGCUAACCGUUUCUGUCUUUGUUAUUGGUGCUUUGAGCUAAAUGCUUACGUUUUGCAGGAAUGUUUACCACGUUUUAUCGUUAUCUUAGUGUAGCUUGUUAAGAUGCUAACAAUUAAUUUUGUGGGCAAAUGCAGACAUUUUUUGAGUUGUAGAUCUGUAAUAUCAUCACCAUAUUCUCUUGUACAGUUCAUGUAAAUAGACAAAACAUCUACAUCUACUUUUGGGGAAACAAAACUGUACCUUGAUCUUUUUCUUAUUUGAAGUGUUAAAUUGUCAUCUAAAUGUAGUUUUACAAUCAAUAGUUAAAAAUACAAACUGUGUUGUAUAAGAGACCCCAUUUUCUUCAUAAAAAAAAAAAAAGUUAUUGAGGAGAUAUUCAGGUUUAGUUUGACCCCAAACUGAAGUGAAAGAAGAUGCAGAGAGGGGAGUGAAACAUGGAAUGCUUUUAUUCAUCUGUUAGAGAGAUCAGCGUUAGAAAAGUGACAGUGGACAAAGGCAGUGCUUCCCGAGGAAUGAUUGUAAAUGUGUGGAAGAGAAACAGAUCGGAGCAGAAGCGGGACUUUCUUGUACAUUUCAGGAAAUAUUUCGAGGUCACUUCUCUGAGGUCGUAAUCGUGGGCCUAGCUCAGAAUGUGGCCCCUUUACACUUGGCAUUAACGGACAGGAAAACAGUUUGUUUUAAUCAGACAAAAAUUCUCUAUCAGAAAAAAAAAGUUGUAUUGGCCAGUUUACUCACACUUGUGUUUCCAUGAAAGCCAGAGUUACUUAUAAGCCUAAACAUCCCAAAAAAAUCUUUUCAGCCCACUUUUAACCAAGACGUCUAGACGAGUUUCAACCCGUAGAUCACCAAAUCCAAACGUUGCGCCACUAGCAGCUCGACUAUCGGACCGUUCGCUUCUCUUGGGGGCGUUCUUUCGUUGAUAUUCGAGCCAGCUUUCCUGCGUGUUAAUGCCAUUUAUAAAAAGAGGAACAGACACUUUGCAGCGACACGGAUUUUCGUGCUUUCAGACAAUCUAAGUCAGCGUUUUCGGUAACACUUUGCUUGAAGGUAUCUCCAUAAGAGUGUCACUCUUAUGGAGAUACCUUCAAGUAAAGGGUAACCACGUUUUGUUGUGCAGAGGAGAGCGUCAAAAGGAAGAGAAAGCUCGGGAACACACUUGGCAACCUCUGGUGAAUAAAGGUGUAACGUCACA